AUGAAUUGAAAGUCAAUUUUGCCUUUCUCCAGCUGCUGGAGCUUUGUUUGUGCUGCUGACGCCGAUGAUGAGCAGGCGGCGGCAAUCUGGAACGUGCUGCUCACACUGGCGUAGCAGGGGCGUUGUUGCUGUGGCUGCGGUGCUGGCCAUCCUCCUCAGCGAGGCGCCGUUGUCGAGCGCGAACCGCAUCGCGUUGCUGUGUCAGGGCCCAGACAACUGCUCGCCCGUCCUUGACGGUACAUGCGUGGACUUGACCUCGUUCAGCAACCCCCAGUCUUCCAUCAGCGUCGUGUUUCCAGAGGAGACGACGCUGCAAAUCAGCCUGUUCAACACCAGCAGCAGCUGUGCCGGAAACGCAUCGGCCACCGUUCAAACACAGUCGCAGCUAACCUUGCCGCUGACCUCGGGUUCGCUCGAUGCCAGCAUCCUGGGUGACCUCUCGGUGUUCUGCGCGCCGUCUAGCAGCAUACCUUCGCGCCGCAUUGGUGUCGACGACACAGAGCUGACGGUGCAGGAUGCCUUGUUGAUACUGCUGGCCCCGCUGCUGGCGCAAGGCCGCUUCAUUCCUCCAACUGCUGUCACCGGUGUCCAGGGGUCACUGUUUGUGACCGAACCAAGCCAGCUUGGCACCACCGCAGAGACGCGUGUCAGCGCCAUCACCCCGGGUAGUUUGAUGCCAGGCUCGCCCUUCACUGUGCAGGACGUGGUGGAGGGGGCAAUCACCAUCAAGCGCCUGACACAGGUUGACACGGGUUCCAGUACCGUUGUUUACAACCUCGUGACCAAUGCCGCGAGCACAAUCUACCUGGCCGUCAAUGACACCAUCAUGCGGGCGCUGUCGAACAUUGCGCUGUCGCCCGGCCCGCUUGCCACAGACACAUCCCCAAUCACCGCUGACUUGGACUGCACGAACACGUUCACCGUGGUCGAUGUCACGCCACCAACCAUUGUGUGCCCCGCUGCGUACAACGGCAGCGUCAUUGGCGCCCCAACAAGUGCUGUUGCCAUCCCCUUCCCCAACAUCACCGACAACGGGGUGCUGGCGUCUGUUGAUGUGCCCGUUACCGCGCAGUUGGCAGUGAACGAAACUGCUCUGGCCACCGUGGCGGCCGUCGACUCAAACGACAACAGCGCCACGUGCACCACGCUCAUCCGCGGCGUGGACACGACCCCGCCUGUGCUAAGCAACUGCGUCGACAACAUCACGCUGGAGGCAGAGGGCGACCUGACGGCGCUGCUCGUGCUGCCGGACAUCACCGCUCUUGAUCGCGAGACCCCGGCCCCGCGCAACACGCCCCAGGUGACCUACAACAUUGCGAACAACACGCGGCUGCCACUCGGCGCCCACGAGGUUGAGGCGCGCGCUGUGGACGUGUCGGGAAAUGUCGCCAUUUGCCGAUUCGAUGUGUAUGUAACGGACCGCCCGCGCCUCACAGCCAUCAGCAGGCUCGACGUCGUGACCUCGGAGGGCGAUGAUGUUUCGCUGCAGUGCACGUUCACGGGAUACCCGCUGCCCCUCAUUGUGUGGCGGCUGCAAGGCAGCACCACCCCCGUGCAGGCCGACCAAGGCGCCCUCACCUCCAUCCUUCGAUUCAGGCGUGUCGACUUUAACGACUUUGGCGUGUACUCGUGCGAGGCAUUUUCGCCGCUCGGAAAUGCACCUGCUCCCCUCAUCACCCUCACCGUCCGCCCUGCUGUGAGCACGUGCCCCAACACGACCGAUUUCCUGCGAUCAACACACGCGCUGGCCAACGAGCAAAACACGAAUGCGCCCCUAUUUUGGGAGCAGGAGGACAGCUCGGACAUUCGCGCCGUCCGUCGCGAUCGAGUCAUCCCAGGCCGCGUUUCAUCAUUCCUGAUGACGUCAGAUGCUGUCCUUGCAGUCACUGACUCGGAAAUCCGCGCAUACACGCGCCUGUUGUCCGCCUCCCUUUGGACCAUGCAAGCUCAAGAUCGCAUUUUGACAUCCCGCACAAGCGGCCCAGUCAUCCUCGACGAACUGGUUGUGUUCACGGAGCCCUCCGGUGUGCGCGCAUUCAACAUGAGCGGCCGCGAUAUUGCCUGGCAAUUGGACUUCAACACCACCCAGGCCUGCACAGGCGUGUGGCUGGUGACUGAUGAGAUGCUGAUUUCCUGCCGAAAUGAUUCCCACAUUGUCACGUGGAUUGCCGAGUCAACUAAACACGUGCCCACGCUGCGCUGGUCGCGUGCUCUCGCUGUCGCUGCGAAUGCGUGGCCGCCCGCCUUCAACACCCGCGAGCACAUGUUCGUGCCCACGCCCGACACAUUGUACAAGCUCGACGUGAGUACGGGUGCGACGGUUGCGACGCUGCUGCUUGACCCAACGCCGCCCACGGGCCCGCCGCUGCUUGUCUUUAGCGAUGUCUUUGUUGCCGUCACCGACACCGCACAGGAUCGCGUCCUCUCCAUGCCAGACAGCCUCGCACGAGUGUCGUGGGAGCUGCAGCUUGAUCCAGACGAGCGUGUCAUUGGCGCUCUCAGCGCAACCGGCAGUCUUGUGGUCGUGCCCACAGCAGACAACCUCGUCGUCCUCACGCUAAGCACGGGAGCACGGCAGUGGACGUUACCGCUGCGGCCGCCGACGGCUGAUGGCGAGUAUGAGCUGCUGGCGCACCAGGUACUGGCCACGUCAAGCGUAUCCCUGCUGCACGUCACGCAGUACCAGGAGAACGCAACAGAUGCCACCACGCCCGCCAGCACCACGCCUGCCAUCUUGACCACCGGCCCGGGCAACGCUACGGCCACAUCCACGACUGCGACGACGACAACCACGACGACAACAAUCCCACCGGGCAUGCGGCGUGUCAUUGUGCACACGCGGUUCCAGAUGUUCAUUACGACAAGUCUGCGCUUCUUCGAGUCGUGGACAGAGGAGAUGACCCACGAGCGCCUCGUGCCCAAUGAUGGUGCAGAUAACAGCAAUGGUAAUGGUGGUGGUGAUGAUGUGGCGAGUGAAAUUGUACCGCCGAUGAUCGCCAUCAGCAACGGGCUGCUGCAUCUCUUGUCCGGUGCGGGCCCGUCCAUGUCGUCAGCACCGCCGGCCCCGACUCCCACUACCACCGUUCGCGCGCUCUCCACGUGUGCACUCGUUGAGCAGCCUGAGGUGAGCGUGCGCGCAGAGAAUGUCGCCAUCAUCCGCAGUAGCGAGCCCCGCCUGCAAGUCACGUCCUUCAACGGGUUUUACCUGGACAUCACCACGGGUGGACAAACGAUCCGCCUGUCCGGUGUUCCCGCCGCUGCGCGCCUGCCCGAUUUGCUGCCGGGGGCCACGUACCGCAUCGCCACGGGCGCACGUGUGAGCACAGGCAUGGCACUGGAGAGCGCGGGGGCGGUGACGGUGACAAUGCCGGCUGCUCCAACGACACCGCCGCAAGGACGCGUGGCUGUUGUUGUUCAGCUGCGGGUUGAGGCUGACGACGACGACACCACGGGGACGGCUGGCGACGCUGCGGGCAAUGUGGCGGCGCGGAUCAGCGGCAACUACUUCCUCGUGCAGCGCCUGCGACAGGAGGUGUGCGGCGACAUUCCGGGGUCCAUCUCACGCACCACCAGCUGCUAUGUACGGUCGGUUGCCCUUGCUGCCGCCAACAGCACGGACACGAACGCACGCAGGCGGCGCAGCGGUGCAGCGAUGCACGCAGAUGCAGCCCUCACCAAUGACGACAGCAUGAAUGAGGGUGCACACGACACGAGAGGCACAGAGGCUGGUGCUGGCGCGCGUGUGCGUGUGCGCAUGAGGAGGGCAGCGUCGCAGGCCGUGAUUGAGGUGGUGGCGGAGGGGAACGAGGACGAUGAGAUUGUCAUUGCAGGCGCCCUUGACCAGGGCGUGCGCGGUGUUGCUGCCAGCGGCUGGCUGGACGAUGUUGGCGUGACGGCAAGCGUCGUCUCCGUGUCGCCACUGCCGGAGAUUGUGCGUGCAACGACAACGACGACGACAACAACAACGACAACGAUGCCCAGCACCACCCGGGUGUCCACGACCACGCUCACGCUGACUGAUCCGACCAGCAGCGGGUCACAGGACUCGACAACCACGAUUGUGAUUAUUGUGGUGUGCGUGCUUGUUGGUGUGGCGCUUGUGAUUGGCGUGAUUGUUCUCGGCGUCAACCGCAGACGCGAGAACAAGUACGACGGCGACCAGCUCUUCCUGCAGAAUGAAGGGGCGAUCAUCGAGAUGAUUGAGAACCAGGCCCACAGCCGCCGCGCUAGCAGGAGCGAUCGUGAGCGCGUUGCCCAGCAGCCGCUGCCGCCCAUCCCAUCCAGCGUGGACCGUCCCCGCAUGCCGCUGCCUGACGACAACUACGACGACACGCCAACGCGCACGCUGCAGCCGCCCCUGCCUGAUCGACCGCCACUCCCGCUCCCGCUCCCGACAGACACGAUGUCGUCCGCCGCCCGUAUGCCGCUGCCGCCAACACCGGGCAGCGCGGGUCCGUUUGACAGCAGCACAGACACCAUGAACAGGACUGGCACCAUCCUCCCAGCAGCAGCCAUCGAGCAAGGGGCGGCAGAGGCGUUUUGCAGCAUUGCGCCGGCUGAUAUCUCCCUCACUCGCGUCGUCCGCAAAAUCAGCGCAGACCUCGUCAUGCACCUCGGCUCCUUCCAAUCAGACUCUGGUCCGAUGACCGUCCGCGCGCUGCAGUUCAAGACGCCUGCCAUCCUGCCCAACAUCGUCGCCAACCUCGCAAAGGAGGAGCAGCUGACCGAGAUACUGGACUUGAAGCACGAGAACUUGUGUGUCAUUUACGGCAUGUGCAUGAGCGCUCCGCCUGUGCUCGUGAUGGACUAUGCCCCCGGCGGGAGCGUGUACUCGUUCCUGUCGCACCGGCCCGACACUCCGCUGCAUCGCCGCCUGAGCAUCAUGCAGCAGGCAACGUGUGGCCUUGAGUACCUUUCGUCAAAGCGCAUCGUGCACGGCAACAUCUGGUCGCAGGAGCUCUUCAUCCACGGCCAAACCAUCAAGCUGUCGCUGGCGCCAUUGCAGCGCGCCGCCGCGAAUGCCCUGAACAUGCCCCAUCUUCGCAAGAUGUUCCGCACCCGCAUCCGCUGGGCUGCACCAGAGACUGUGAGCCGCAAGUACUCGCUGGCGAGUGACGUGUGGGCACUCGCAGUCACAUUCUGGGAGAUUUUCAUGAACUGCAAAACGCAGCCGUACGCACACAUUCGCAACGUUGCUGAUGUGUUGCCGAGUGUACAGCGGGGCGAGCGGCUGACACAGCCCGACAUGUGCCCGGAUGAGUUGUGGGAGCUCAUGGUGGACUGCUGGAAGGCAAAUCGUGCAGACCGGCCAUCCGUGCACAUGGUCCACCAGGUUUUGGUGGACAUUGGCGAAGAGCUUGCGGAAUUGGCGGAAACGAGCGCAUAGCCGGCACGAUGGAAGUCCAGCCCUCCCGGUUGCCAAGCAACCAACCAGCCAACAGCACACGCUUUGUUGGGGCGUUUUCAUUGUCCAUUGCCAAGCACCACGUCACAUCACACCACAACCCGAUCGCACUCCAAUCACCAACAUGGUGCAUCAACUUUAUCUUUCUAUUCAUCACCUUGUCCAAUCUUCCGUCGGUCUUCCGGUCUUCCUUUUGCCUUCUUUCCAUCUCACAUCGCCCGUUUCAACAAUUGACUUCAUAUGUUGUCGGGUUCAUGUGUCUUUAGCCGCCCGUUUCAAGAUCAAGGUCCAAGUUAGCUUCCUUUUGCUUUGUCUCCGCUCUGUCUGAUAGGUCCCCCUCCUCUCCCAAACUGCUGUUCUCGAAGACGCACAAGACCAGAGUUUUGUUGCCUCCAGUGUCCAACAACACAAUACAACAGACUCGUUUUGGUUGCGUGGAUGCGAAUUCGCUUUUGCUUGUAUUUGAAGGAGGGGGCAGUUACUACCAGCUUGCCUGCUUGUCAAACGUAAGGGGGCAUGUGUGACAAUACAGCAAGCACACCACAAAACAUCAGAGCACAAGCAUCAUCUAUCACAUUUCUACGGACUAAAAUUGAAACAGAACAGGCA